AUGUUUUUACUCUUGUCAAUCUCAUUUGUGAUUAACGCGUUGGAAUGUUUGCCCUAUUCCACGACCUGUGAAGGGGGAUAUACGAACAAUGCGAUCAAAGUUGAUGUGACCCAGUGCAGCACCAUUCGCGUCUACGACGAGUUUACUUUGACAAAUGCGUGUGUACUCCGUUUUUCUCCACAUACCAAGUUUAUAGUAUCACGUGGUGCUUAUAUUGAAUUAACCUUUGACCCACAAGUAGUAAUGUACAUUGACGAAUUUAUGAUGGAAGAUUACUGUUCCGUUACUUUUAAAGGCCUUUUCAAUGUCUUUUCAUUCCGCACGAUCACUCUUGGUCUUCACCCCAAAUUCUCUUUUUAUGACUACCAGACGUACUCUAACAUCACAAUAACUCUUCCCAAAGGUCUCUCGUUGAAUUACGCCAACGGCGCGACAUUCAUGAACUCAAAUAUUCUCAACGAAGCCAUCAAAUUCACCGUGACGGGUACAUUGACUUUUGUCAACUCGACAUUUUCUAACACCGUAUUUCUCGAUUUAGCCGCGACGACGCUUAUCUUCGAAGACUCGAUAUACGACUUUAGGAAUGAAUUAGAGUCGUACUACGAUGAGCCCAAAGUGUCUGCGAACGAUCUAAUUUUCACGGGGCACUCGACGGGAGAGAUUUUAAGUCGUGUGUCUUAUAAUGUCAACAACAUCACGUUAUAUGGCACUUCCGAACUUCUUUAUGACAAAGAAGACACUAGCAACGAUUUGAGCUUCAAUUUGUUACUCACUGAUAACUCCAUCUUUCACAUCCAUAGAGAAUACCAAGUCGGAACAUCGUCGCUCACUAUUAAAGGAAACUCAACGCUUUACAUCUACAAAGAAUCGGUCUUGUCUUUAGGCGUUGCCGUAUUAAAUUCAGAUCUUUGCAUUAAGGAACACUCGCGAGUGUAUGUGUUAGGUACUAUCCAGUCUUUUAAAUCAGUGUUCAUUCAAGAUAGUGCGUCUCUCUAUAUGGAUGGAACACUGAAGAGCGGGUUUUACCCUGACAAAGUGAAUAUUACAAUGAGUGGGGAGGCGUAUUUAGAGGUUGGAGGGAAUGUGCAGUUAUUAGUCGAACAAAUGGUGAUGUACGAUACAUCAAAAACCGUGUUUAAAGAUAACAUGCAGGUCUUAGUCUACUUAUUUUCAUUGCUGGAUCAGUACUCGGGAAUGGUACUGUCUCUCUACGACCACGCAUCACUCUCGUUUAAUGUGUAUGAUGAAAAUCAUAGUGUGGAUGGGAUUUACUCGACUUUUAUGUACAAUGACUCGAAAAUUGUAUUCCAUGGGAACAACCACGGCUUUUUAUAUCAAGUUGAAAUGAACGACAACGCGAGGGUGGAGACUAAUGACUUAAUAGAUGUCACUUUAACUCAUGUAAUAAUGAACGAUAAUACAGUCAUUACUAUAACAGAUAACUCGAGAGUGAUUCUUGCGAAUAUUAAGACGUCUUUUGACUCAAAAAUCGUGUUCAGAGGGAAUGGGAAAAUGACGUUGAGAUGUUCAACAGGGGAGUGGGAUGAUGAGUGUUGGUUUGAAGAAAGCGUCUUACAAUUCAAUGGAUUUCCCUUCGACUUUACUAACACCUCAUUGUUGGGGACUCCAUUUGACUUAUACCAAACUGAUCUGCGAUUCAACGACACAACUUUAGAGAAUACAAUGCUGCCAUCAGACCGAUGUAUUGGCUUGUUUUCAAUUGGUGAUGAUGCAAUUAUCCCACCAUUCACCAACCCACACAUCUUCAAAUUGUUUGAUGGCCAUUUGGUGAAGUAUUGCCCCGAAGGCAUCGAUCAUAUAACAGAAAAGACGUACUGCACAAUGAUCUAUAAGGACUGGAACAACGCACACACCUUCGAGAGAUACUACCCCUUCGACCAAGCACAUUGCCCGUAUGACAACGUCGAAAUUGUCACUUCCCUGAAACAAGUGGUGAUUGGGAAUUAUCAAGUGUUGGCCAAAUUCCUAAAUGAAACAAAUGUCUUCUUUCAAAAGGUCACGACAAAGCAACAGAAGGUCUCUGGCCUCUUGCGAGAAGUGACGUUUCCCUCGCAAAUCGUUCUGAAAAGCUCGUGUGCUACGAUCGACAGUGUUAUUGUGGAAUUGCUUCCAAAUGGGACAUACAAUUAUACAUCGACGUGUAAACAAUAUUAUAGAACACCACAAACUAUCGAACGUGGGUAUCUGAUUGUCGACGACGUCACUUUUGUGAUCAAUACCGAUUUCGGAAUAUCCGUCUAUAUUUUAGACCAAUUAAAACCGUCGACAGUCUCAACAAGUCUUGUCACAGGUGUUCUUGUUAUUGGGAAAAUCGGGUUCUACGUCGACGACGAGUUGUGUAAAUAUGGUCGUGUCACAGCGACAUCUACUGUAUGUCACAAGUACGAUGUGAUGCAGUGCGACGACGGGUAUUAUGCGAAUGGGUUUAUCUGCACGAAAUGUUCUGAUACGAAAUGUUUAGUGUGCACCAGCUUGCAAUGUGUGUUAUGUGCGAAUGACUACAUUUUAAAUGGGAGUGUGUGUAUUAAGAAACCAACUGGGUGUAAGGUGGCACGAAACAACUAUUGUUUUCUCUGUCAAGAUGGGUACUCUCAAGUUGGGAGAGAUUGCUUAACAACAUCGCCUCUUGCGAAUUGUAUGGAGAGUCGGAACAACAUGUGUUUGAAGUGUAAUAAUACAUUGAUGGUAGUUAAAGAUGGUGUUUGUGUCUUAUAUGAAGGUGCGUAUUUUACGACUACCAUAUCAGUAGUCACGUGUAAUUCUGGGUAUUACACGUUAAAUGGGAUAUGCUAUCAGUGUACUACUCGACACCCACACUGUUUGCGAUGUGAUUACACGUCUUGUUAUGUGUGUGAGAAUGGGUAUGAAAUUCAGAGUGGUGCGCAGUGUUUAAGCCAGAGUUGUCAGACGUACAGUUCGAUUGGCAUCUGUUUGAAGUGUAAAGAAGGGUAUAUCCUCGACGAGUCGAAGAAAUGUGAGUCUCGAAUCGACUACUGUUCAUUACAGUCGUCGUCCACGUGUUAUCUCUGUUUAGACGGGUACUUCCUUUCAAAUGGCAUUUGUGUCUCGAUCAUUGCGAAUUGUUUAACAAAUAGUAACACGGGGUGUGUCCGGUGUCGGCCGGGGUAUUACCUGAAUUCGUUGAAAUUAUGUGAAAAGUGCCAGUCGAAUUGUUUGACGUGUGGGACGUCCCCUUCGAAUUGUCUUUCGUGUUAUGAGGAUGCCUUUCUUUCUGAGAGCAGGUGUAUUACAGCGGUGAGGUAUGAAAAAUUGUGUGACAGAUAUACGUCGAAUGGCUAUUGUGUGCAUUGUGUGACUGGGUAUUUCCUCGAGGAUGAUUUGUGUCAGCAAUGUAUGUCAUCUUGUGGUAUCUGUAGUAAUAAAUACUAUUGUAUAACAUGUAAAGAAGGCUAUUUCAUAUCGAAAUCAGGAGACUGUUUAGAGAACAAAUUAGCUGGGAACUGUGCUGUGAACAUAUCAACAUCAUUAGGUUGUAUCCAGUGUAAUCCAGGCAAUUACUUGAAUGAGAGACGAUGUUAUCCGUGUAGUGUAGGGUGUGCGACGUGUGAUGCGUUCGAGUGUUUUUCGUGUCGUGACAAUUUUGUGUAUAAAAAUGGGAAGUGUCAAUCGUAUAUGUUUAUCAAGCAUUGUGUGACAACGCAACGGGGGGAGUGUCAACUGUGUUCCUUUUGGUAUGCGCCAAAUGACAAAGGAACGUAUUGUGAGAAGUCACCUGUGUGGUGGGUGAUCUUUCUUAUUGUAAUCUUUUGUCUUGUGAUAUUAGUUUUUGUAUUAACACUGAUCAUAUUCAUUGUAUACAAAGUCGUAUCCAAGUACAUUCGUAACAAAAAGCUAGAUGGGAUUGUCUCUAAAAUCACGAAUUCGACAAUGUUGACAUUUGAGUUAAUUCAAGGCGUGUAUUGCGACGUGAAUAAAAUCCUCUUUGAAGGGGAUACAUCGCAGCUUCCCGUCUUCCAAAGUACAAUGACCGAAUUUGUCAUUGGAAAUAAAGGGAAACAAACGGUUCGAUUACAAUUGAAAGGGCAGAAAAACAAAUUCCGCUAUGAGAUCAAAGUCGCCCCACCCGUCGUGAUAUUAAAAAGAAAUGAGGCGUGUCGGUUUACCGUUUUUAUCAAGCCGCAGUGUACGUGUAAAAUCAAUGAUAACAUAACUAUCUAUAUCAACGAUACCAACAAACAAAAGGGUGAAAAUGUGAAUAUCCCGGUAGUUGCGGAGUCUGCGAUGUCGUCGUAUUUAGACCAAACAGAGAUCAUAGUCAAGCGUUUGGUAGGGGAGGGGAGUUUUGGUAAAGUGUAUUUGGGAGUCUUUAGAGGGACCCAAGUUGCGCUCAAAGUGAUGAAACAAAUCAACUUAGACCAAGAGACGUUAGACGAGUUCAAAAAGGAGGUUGAGAUGUUAAACAAAUUUCGAUGCGAUCAAAUCGUCCAUUUCUUCGGAAGUGUUCGGAUGCCAAGAAUCAUCGGAAUGGUAGUCGAGUAUGCUCCUUUUGGGUCGUUAAGAAGUGUCUUUAUGAGUACCAAAUUCCACGAUGUAUGUGAGAAGAUUAAAGUGAAGUACCUCGUCGAUGUCACUAAAGCACUUGUCUACUUACACACAAGUGGUGUUCUUCAUCGAGACAUUAAACCAGAUAAUGUCCUCAUUUUCGAUGUCACAAGCAUCAUUACUACAAAUGCAAAACUAUCGGACUUUGGCUCGUCGAGAAAUAUCAAUUUGUUGUUAUCUAAUAUGUCAUUCACUAAAGGAGUCGGCACACCAGUCUACAUGGCACCAGAAAUAUAUAAUAAGAACAGGUAUAGUGUUGCAGCAGAUGUAUUUGCUUUGGGAAUCACAAUAUUUGAAUGUAUGAAAUGGGGGGAGGCGUAUGACGGCGAGAUGUUUACUUUCACGUGGCAAGUCCCCGAUUAUGUGAACAAAGGAAAUCGUCUCCCAAAGCCAGAGAACGUCACCGACGAAAUGUACGAUAUCAUCCAGAAGUGUUGGAGUCACGACCCAAAGAAAAGACCAACAGCAAGUGAAGUGUGUAAAUCUUUGACGGUGGUUGAACAGAAAUUACCAAACCCAUAA